AUGUAAAAAGAAGAAAAAGAAAAUAAAAAAAAAUUAGCAUAAAAAAUUGAGUUUCUAUUUGUACUAUUCAUAUCAUAAAUAAAGCCUGGUGUAUAUAAUGAUGAAUAUUUGGCAAUUUAUUAUGCUAAAAAGAAUAAGUAUAAGAAGAUAUCAUAUAAAAUACCAUCAACAGUGAUAGAUGAAUAUGAUAGAAAAAUUUGUAGAUUUGAAGAUAAGUUAACUAAAGUAGCAAUGGAAAGAUAAAGUUUGAUAAGGUAUUAUUAAUAAUACUUCGAGAGAAUAAUCAAAGACCCCAAAUAAAAAAGAAAUUUUGAAUAAAAUAAUUACUUAAAUCUAAACACAUUUAUAAUAGAAAGAAAAAGAACUUUUUGAAAAAAUUCAUUGUGAUACUCCUGUGGCAUAACUUGAAAAGAAAAAGUCUUAAUUUUUUUAAGCAAAGUAACAUUUAUAGUUAUUGGAAACAAUGGGUUAUAAAUUUGUAGAGUAAGAGGUAAGUAGAAUGAAAUUUAAUCAUCUUAAGUAAAUUCAUUCUUAACCUGUUACUCCAAAAAAAUCAUAAACAAGAUCUCAAUCUAUUUAAAAUAUCGAAAAUGAAAAUAAAGAAGAUAUUAAAUAGUAAUUAAGUGAAAGAGUUGAGAGAAUAUAAAGUAAGGUAAAUUAAUAAAUGGCCCGUUUAGGAUUAAAAAGUGUAAACUUAUCUCCUGAUUCUAUUUUGA